GGCGCCCCCUCCUGCCUGACAGCGGCCAGUUGGUACGCCCCGCGCCGUAGUGUCCGAAGAGACAAGUGGUCGAUAGCCGGAAUCCCUCGAAGGAGACAUAGGGGUUAAAAUUGAGCUCCGUGACUCUGGGAGGAGAAAGACCGCAUGAAGCAGUUUAGCUAAACAGUCCCAGCUGAAGAGCUGGACAAUGACCGGUCACUGUACGAGCUAGACCAUAUCUGUAUUGUGGCUGUAUCGAGUUCUGCUCCUUUAGCAUCAUCCCAAGCACUGAGCAGCAGCAACAUGAACUCCUCGGCAGCAAACAUCAACAGCAAACGCCUUCCAUCGGAGGGCGAGCCGGGCCAGCGGGGAGCAGACGUGGACACGGCAGGCCAGCAGCUGAGGCUGAAGGAGCGGCGCUUCUUUGAGGAGGUGUUCCAGCACGACGUGGACAUGUACCUCUCCGCCGCACACCUGGCCAUCCGGGAGCACCGACGACCUCCCAUCGGCAGCAUAUCCUCCAUGGAGGUGAACGUGGACCUUCUGGACCAGAUGGAACACUUCGACAUCUCAGACCAGGACGCCUUCGAUGUGUUCUUCAGCUCUGGAGAAGAGAGCAUGCUCAACUCUCCACUGCCAGGUCAGGCGCCCGGGAACAACAACAACAACAACCACCACGGCGAGGUCGUCCACCACGGACUCUUCCGCCACGUGCUGGAGGGGCUCGACGGCAAGUCCCGCGUGUCCUCCACCUCCUCUGAGUCCUCCACCAACAGCCAGAGCCCUGCCGCCAACGGCAACGGCAGAGACACCCCCCUGGCGUCUCUGUCGGACGAGGAGGGGGAGGGGACGGAGAGCAGCGGGGGGCUCUACGGCGCCACGCCCACAGAGAGAGACACAUCACAGGCGCCGUCGGCCUCCUCCACGACGACCUGAAGAUGGACGCGACCGUCGGAUCCGAGACACUGUGGGAUCGCUGCAAAAUGAGCGCAGUAGAGAGAGAGCCACGGAAUGUGUGUGGGUGUGUGGGGGGGGGGGGGGGGGUACAAAUGAAACUUCUCAGAUAUCGUCGAACGUCUUCCAAACACAGUUUUUACUACGCAGGUCUACAGCCCAAAGGUUAGGCUGAAUGUUCUGAAUGGUCUUUCUUCCCUGCUCAGAGGAAAAUGUUUAUUUUGAUUUGUGAUGUGGGAGCUCGAUGAUGAUUAGUGUAUAAUUAUUUCUGGGGCUAAGGUACUAGAAUUUUGAUUUGGGAUGAAAUAUCGUGAGUAUACAUUCCCAGUUUCUUUUGUAAAAAAAAAUAUACAUAUACUAUUUUCUGUACAAUAAAAACUGUGAUGAAUAUGGAAGCAAAUCACUGCCAUAAUGUUUUAGUUUCAAAUAUAUAUAUAUAUUUUUUAUCAUUUCACUUGAACUGAGACAACUUUAUAUGCCAUAUUUGAAUUACAAGAGGUAAAUGCAAAACAAAUAAAUUCUAACGACCUAGUUUUCAAACUGUAGUAUUGCAAUGUUAUGAAAUGGCUGCAUUCAAUGGCUGUAAAUGGAAAUUCCAUUCCAUGUACAAAAUUCAAUGGCUUUUCAAUUCAAAACAUUAUGGUUUGUGAUUUGCUUCCAUCAAAAGACAAAUUCACCAAAAUAUCUUAUGAACGACUUAAAACACACCAAUUAAUCUUCUAAAGCUUGGAUUUAAAACAACAGAUAAUCUUGAAGAUAAUCUUCCUUUCAGAAAUGUAUUUUAUCUUCCUUCUUAUAUUAUUACUUAAGAAUAAAAACGUACAAAUACA